UCAAGGCCAAAAACAACACCGGUAAAACAAGAACAGUCAAUUAUGGCCGAUAUCAACCAGAUCGCAUCGCCAGUGCCGGCAGAGAAGGGAGGGAAUGAGAAACUUACCAUUGAGGAUCUAUCACUACCAAGAAGUGUGGUUACAAGAUUAGCAAAAGGUGUCAUGUCCGAAGGCACAAACGUCCAGAAAGACUCCGUACUUGCCAUGACCAAAGCCGCUACCGCGUUCGUCAACUAUCUCGCUGCAACAGCAAACGACUUGACAAGAAACGCCGGAAAAAAAGUUAUCAGCCCCCAAGACGUCCUCAAAGCCCUUGAAAUCAUGGAACUCCCCGAGUUCAGCACAGAGCUAGAAAAGCACCUUGACGAGUACCAACAAGCGACACGCGAUAAGCGGACGGCGAACUCACGAAAAUCAAUCGUCGAGGCGGGGUUGAUGGUACCGCCGGAACAACAGAGUGGUGACGCGCCGGCGAUGAAAAAGGUCAGAGGUGUGGAUGGACAGGUGGUGCCUGCGGAGGAUGAAAUGGAGGUUGAUGAUGAUAUGGGAGCGGAGGAGGCAGGCGAGAAGGGUGACGAGACGGAUGUUGAUGAUGAGGAUGUUGUGGAAGCGGAGGAGGAUACUACGGAGCCACCAGAGCGCGAAGACGAGAUGGAGCCAAAAAGCGAUCGAGAACAGGACGACGAGGAGUCAGGAGAUGAGAGCGAUUGAGCAGAUAUCGCUAAGAUUGCGUGC